AUGACAAUAUACAGACAUAAUAAAAUGAGGCACAGUAGUUCUUGGCCCGAUCGAGCACCGCAAAAAGUGAAGGUGCGUGUUGAUCCCUUAUCUCGUGCCUUUACAAUUAUCCCAACGAGUCGCGAGACGGUAUAUCGAUUGGAACAAACUGCACCGCGAUCUAAUUGCCUGGAAGAAGUCAUCUUUCUAGAUCGAUGUGUCCCAGGAGUAGUCACAUCCGUGAUGAUAAAACGAAGAUUAAUCGACGGAAGGACAUCUAUAAAUAAGAAAUCCGCGAAUUUCUUUGAGAAUUCCGAUGUAACUAACGAAACGAAGAUCAUAAAAAAUACGAGUCGAUAUUUCAUGCCACGCAGUCUUUCUUUAAUCGAGACAACUGCAACUCAUCAAAACUCGGUCAUUGUGUUAGAAGAAAACAUCGUCCGAAAUCCAUUGAAAUGUAAAUCAGACUCGCUCGAAAAGAUUAAUAAUGAAAUAAUGACGCGAGAUAUGAAAAGAAACUCCAUUUCAAGAACUACAUCAGAUAUAGACUUUUCAAAAUUGCUUUCGAAAAAUGUGCAUGUUGAGGAAGGAAAGGAAGCACUCGCACAACUGAAAAAUAAAUCUCCUUCAUUUGCAGAAACGAAUGCUUUUGAUGUCAUAGUAAAUAUUGCAAAUGAAAGUCAACACACAGUUAGUAUCGCGCAAACAAAUCAUUCGCAAAUACGAGAAACAGAUGAGAUGAGAAAAAAAUAUCAAACUCUGGUUUCGCCCACAUCCUCAACGAGACACACAUCUUCGCCACCGCAUAUCAAAGUGGUGGAUUAUGACGAUUAUGUGACAUCCAUGUCAUUUUCAUCGAAGAAUGAUCUUCAUGCCUGUCCAAAGUGCAUGUCCGAGGGUGUCCUUCGCUCGCAGAUCGAUCCUUUUCGUUCCCCUUCGCAGAACAAGAAAAACGAUGCCACCAACGCGCGUGGUAUUCGAAGCGAUCUGGUCGGACGCGAAAAAAAGGAAGUCGAGAAGUAUCAGAGCAAAGAUAUCUGGUACGCGGACCGCUUAAUCGGGGAAGCAAGAAACGUGGAUAAAGAUGACAAAAAACUGCAGCAACAAAGAAAAAAUUACGACUUGUCGCCAUUGCGACCGGCAAUGGACUUCAGAAAGGAGGCUACUCUGAGACGGCAUUAUUACCCCGAGGGAGGUUGGGGAUAUGUCAUUGUCACGUGUUCGGUAUUGGUGCAUUUCAUCGGGGUGGGUCUGCAACUCGCCGCUCCCGGAUGCUGGCAUAUAACAGCCGAAUUACAAUUCCGACAUCCCCCGUUACACAGUGCAGGAUGGUUGGGAGCAAUGUCGACGGGUGUCGCCCUGCUCGUGUCGCCGAUUACAAUAGCAUUUUGCCGAAAAAAAAGUACAAGAGUAACAGCAGUUUUGGGUGGUCUUGUUACCGCCCUUGGCUGCCUUUUUACUUCCUUCGCUUCACAAUUUCAUCAAUUAUUCUUCAGCUACGGCACUGUCGUUGGGAUUGGGGUUGGAAUGACACGAGACUGUAGUACGCUGAUGGUAGCUCAAUAUUUCAAGAGGAAGAGAGAAUUGGUUGAAAUUUUUAUCGUCUCAGGAAGCGGCUUAGGUAUAGCAGUUAUGUCUGCUUUUAUAAAAGGAGCAAUCACUAAAAUCGGAUGGCGACUUGGCCUUCAAGCUGUCACGGGAGUGGUCUUUCUCACUUUUAUUCUCGGCACUUUUUAUCGUAGCGCUUCACUGUAUCAUCCUCAACGAAGAGCAAUUUUACACUUGAAAAAUCAAAAACGCAAAAUAAAGGACAAAAAUAAACCCACUGACAAACCACCGUUUUUCGAUUUUAGCACUUUGAAAAGUAAAACAGUGCGGAUUCUUUUAGUAUCUACCAGUAUUUCGGCAUUCGGAAUCAAUACGCCGAUAUUUUAUCUGGCGCAUCAAGCGGAAGAAGAAGGUCUUGGUGAUACUGUCGUCCUACUACAGGCUUAUCUCGGGUUAGCUUGGACUCUUGGCUGCGUAGCUUUUGGACUUCUAGUCGUUCAUCGCAACGUUGAAUGCAGGAUAGCCCGCCAAUAUCUUACACAAGCAGCAGUCUUUGUGUGUGGACUUUGCAUUCUUGCUCUUACCGCCGUUCAAGGAAAUUAUCACGGAUAUGUUAUGUUCGCAUGGAUUUACGGCAUCUUUUGCGGCGGCUAUCAUUACAGUCUGAAGAUGUAUACAUACGAAAGAGUAAGAGCGCGGAACUUUGCCAGAACGUGGGGUUUUGUUCAAUGCUCUCAAGCGAUACCAAUUGCAAUCGGAGUACCAAUAUCAGGAUAUAUAAAUGUAGGUUGUGGUGGUAAGGCUGGCUACUACUUCAGCUCGACAUGUGUUCUGGUUGGCAGUUUUACACUCUUCUUCAUUGAUUUGCAUAGAAGAAAUUUAUCAAGACAUAAACACACCAGAGCUAAUGGUAAAAAACAUAUAUGCUCCUCGGACAGUUGUCCUCAACGACGAAGAUUAUCGUUCAGUCAAGAACCUAAAAACGAGGGAACUCACGCCGCUGCUGGAGCAGCCGGAACGACGGCUGCAGCACUCAUUCUAGGGACCGAUAUUGCUCCAGCACAAGGUGAAGGGAUAGACGCUUUAGGAAUAGAUAAACCGGAACUCACGUGUAUCUCGGAGGAAGGUAUAGCUGACAUGGAUUUACCUGAUAAUUUACUGGAAGAUUUCGAUUAUAUAGGCGAUUGUAUAACUUCGUGCAACAAGGUCGAGAACUAUCUUAUGCUCUCAGAAUUCGAAAACAAUCUGAUUGCUGAGAUGCCAAUUAUUAUGGAUCGUUGUGGACGCAGAUGGUCCCUGGGCCGAUCCAAGACAAAUCAAUCUAAUUGCGAUCAGAUUAGUGGCGUUCAAUCAACAACUAAUGAGCAAGAUGUCAAACCGAAAUGGCGUUUCAUGAAUGUACCACCUAAUACUAACACCAGAACAAUUACUGUUAUUGACGAAGCUAGUACAUAA